AUGAAUGGCUGGUUUUUCUUUGAGGUGUUCUUCUACGGUCCUGACGGUUAUUUGGGAAAACAUCGUAAGUUGAUGCCGACAGCUUUGGAACGAUGUAUCUGGGGGAACGGUGACGGCUCGACAAUGCCGAACUCUCCAGAAAUUGAAAUCAUGCUCCUUUUAAUAUCGAACUCUGUUGCCAUGGCGGGUGUUCAUUCGUUCCUGAUGCUCAUACUCAGCUACAAAAACGAGUUCAGCACCAUCAUCUGGAUCGAACUCCAAUCGAUGAAUCUUGUCCACAAUGGAAAGCACAUACCGUCAAAGCAAUAA